ACAAAACCAUUUCACAAAGGAGAAAACAAAAGACUAAUAACAAGAGAGCCAUGGAUCUUCCCAGCCAAGCCAAUGAAGAUCAGAGUACCACCAACCGGAAAGAAAACGAAGAAGAAGCUUAUUUGCUCUUAGAUGAAGUGCUCCCACCAAUCCAUCUGAAGGAAUCAGCAGGUGAUAGAUCUUGUUGCAUCUAUAGAAUCCCUCACACUCUAGAGCAAGUCAACGACAAAGCUUACGCGCCCAAGAUCGUUUCAAUAGGCCCUUAUCACCAUUCUAGUGAUAAACAACAUCUCAAGAUGAUAGAGGAGCAUAAAAAAGGUUAUUUGAAGAUGUUCGUGUCAAAGACUAAGGACAAUGACGUCUAUCUAAGUCACUUAGUCGAUGUAGUCUCAGGAUUGGAAAAGAAGAUUAGAGACUCCUACUCUGAGAAUCUUGAAUUUAGUCGACAAAAGCUGAUCAAGGUGAUGAUUCUUGACGGUUGUUUCAUUCUUAUGUUGUUCCUAAUAGUUUCAGGAAAGAUUGAACACACAAAUCCCAAAGACCCUAUUUUCAUGCUGCGGUGGAUAUUGCCAACUCUUAGAAGCGAUCUUCUUCUUCUCGAAAACCAGGUUCCUCUCUUUGUUCUCAAAGUUCUGUUAGAGACAUCAAAGUUAGCUCCAUCCACUACUUUAAACAUGCUGGCCUUCAAAUUCUUCAAUUACUCGUUAGAAAAACCUGAAGGGUUCUGGGAGAAACACAACCAUCUUAGAGCAAAACAUCUUCUUGAUCUUAUUCGUAAGACUUUCAUACCCGCCUCUCCUCCACCUAUCACCCCAAAGCAAUGCUGUAUCAAUAUUUUCACUGGUCCUGGACCUGGGGAAAAUUCAAGAACAGAGACAUCUCAAAACACUUGUCUAGGUAAGAUAAGUUUUCCAAAGAAGAGAACUGAAGCGCAAACAUCAUCGCCUCCUCCUCGCCCUUUUCUCGGCCUAAUUGUCUCAGCCAGCAAACUUCAACUUCGAGGAAUAAAAUUCAAGCGGAGGGAGAAUGUUGAGACACCUUUAGACAUAAGUUUCAAGAACGGUCUGGUUGAAAUCCCACUACUUGUCUUUGAUGACUUUAUCAGCUCUCUUUUGAUCAACUGCGUUGCCUUUGAGCAGUUUAAUAUGAAAUGCUCCACUGAGAUCACAAGCUAUGUAACUUUCAUGGGUUGCUUGAUAAACACAGUAGAUGAUGCGACCUUCUUAGUCGAGAAAGGGAUCAUAGAGAACUACUUCGGAACGGGUGAACAAGUUUCUUUAUUCUUCAAGAACAUAGGAAAAGACAUCUCAUUCAGCAUAUGCAAGAGUUUCUUGUCAAAUGUGUUCGAAGGUGUGAACGAGUACACUUCAAAAGGAUGCCACGUGCAAUGGGCAGGGUUCAAGUACACACAUUUCAACACUCCAUGGACAUUUCUAUCUUCUUGUGCGGCUUUGAUGCUUCUUAUUCUUACCAUAUUCCAAGCCUUCUUUGCAGCUUAUGCUUACUUCAGUCCUCCCAAAAACAAUUGAAAUGUAAGUGCCUCCUCUAUCAGUAUAUAUGGUGUAUUGGAAUAAAAUGUAAUAUCAAA